GUUUGAUAAUUUGUUGUCAAUUGUCAUUUGUGAUUUGUUGUGGUCGUCGUGGAUUUGUUGUUUAAAGUUGUACAUAACGUGUGACGUAUGCCUUCUACGAAAAUGAAAAGUUUUGAAAAGUUAUAUUAAUGUUUAAAAUGUUAAUAGCUAAAGUAGUGUUCACAUCUGGUAGCAAAAUGUUUUAUAAAACGUUGUUUCUUUUUUUUAUCGUAGCAGUGUUGAUUGAAGAAGUUAGUUGUUUACACAAGCGAUGUAUUAAAUGUAGGUCAAGAGGAGAAUUGGGGUCCUGUGGAGACCCUUUUCCAUUUAAUGUGACUGAGCCAGAAGUAGAAGCAGGCAUUCAUGUGGUUGCUUGUCCCUCUGGAUGGUGUGGAAAAAUGAUUGAAGGAACUACUGGAGCCUUUAGAACUGAUGAUUACGGGGCAGCAACACAGAGAAUGUGCCUUCAAAGAUCACCGAGUGAUGAUGAAGAAAGAUGUGCCUAUACAAUGUGGAAUCAUAGAAAAGUCUACAUGUGUUUCUGUAAUGGAGAUCUUUGCAACUCAUCUUACAAAAUAUCAACACCACCUCUACUCCUUUUUUCUAUUUUAGUUACUUUAUCUAAGUACUUAUGUACGUACUAGCAAUAAUAUCUUAUAACUUUUGAUCAGGUUAUUUAACUUGUGAUAUAAAAGUAUUUCUACAGUU